AUGGCUGGGAGGGUGGUGUCGGCCUUCAGCCAGGCCAUGUUCUCGUACGGCCUCCCACCCACCACGCGGCUCGCGAUCGCCCUGUCGGGAGGUCCGGAUAGCAUGGCCCUCGCCGCCCUGCUGUCUGCCUGGCAUGCGGAGGUCUCCCCCGACCUCCCCCCACCCCCAGCCCUCAUCGUGGACCAUGGCCUGAGGCCCGAGAGCGGGCGGGAGGCGGCUGCCGUGGCCGCCACCGCAUCUGCGCUGGGCCUGGCACCCCGGACGGCCGCCCGCGCCGCGCGGUACUCGCUCCUCCUGGCGGCCUGCCGGUCGAGCGCCUGCUCCGGGCUGCUCACCGCCCACCACGCCGACGACCAAGAGGAGACCUUCCUCCUGCGCCUCCUGCAUGGCAGCGGCCUGCGGGGCCUGGCCUGCAUGGCGCCCCUCUCACCCUGGCCCCUGGCCUCCAACACGCGGCAUAGGGCCCCCGCCACACACGCCCCCCCGCCGCUCCUCCUCCGCCCGCUGCUGAGCGUGCACAAGGCGGAGCUGCUGGCCUUUGGCGCCGCCAUGGGCAUCCCCCACGUCACCGACCCCACCAACGCCACGCCGGCGUACCAGCGCAACCGGCUGCGCGCGCUGCUGGGCGGGGCGGGGCCGGAGGUGCAUGGCGCACUCCAGGCGCUGCAGCGGGCCUGCUCGCGGGUGGCGCGGGAGGCGCGGGAGCGCGGGGACGCCGCGCUCGACGCGGCGUCUCGGGCAUCACACGGCCGCUUCCCGCCCCCCUCUGCGGCGGUGGACGCGCUGGCUGCCAGGCUGGGCCGGGAGGGGAAGCUGGUGGGCAGCUGGACGGGGGGCGGGUGCAUCGUGCGCCCCGUCCCCGGGUCACAGGGCCGCCUGAUCGACUGCGCGCCGCAGGGCCCUGCCCAGGCCUGA